UUUCUUUCUUUUUUUUUUUCUGUAAAAGAAAGAAAGGCCUUCGUAUUGCAUCGUAUAUAUCCAUAUAAACUGAAGCUGCGUCCCUCAAAUGUUGCAACUUUCUUUCUUGGUUCUCAUUUUAUGUAUUUAUCUCUCUAGAAUUCUAGAGAGAGAAAGGGGAGAGAUCAAAGCAGUGCAGCAGUUCAAUUGAUGAAUGAAAGAUUGAUUAUCCACCUCUCCUUUUGACUUUCCAAUUCAUGUUUCCAUUUCCCCUCUCUUUUCUCUUUCUGGGAUUUUUCUCCCUCCCAUCAAUUUGAUACUCGUUUUCACAUUGAAACAGUUGUAGAAAAAAGUUAUGUUUUUCUUUCUUAAAUGUUGCAGUCAAUAUGGUCAUGAGCACCAGAAGAAUAUGAACGAAGUGGGGUUUGCUAGGAGCUAUGUUCGUUGGAUGGAUGAGUGACACAACAUUUUUCCAGAAUUGGAAUCAUCUUAGGAGGGUAUAAGUUAAAAAAACACAAUUAAAGAAACAAUUUCACCUUGUGAAUUUGUUCUCUUUAAGGGUCACAUGGGUUGCGCGAGUUCAAAGCAAAAGCGAUGUCGGUGCUGCAAUGCUCCGAGAAGCUACCCAAUGCACGUCCAUCACCCACCUCAAGCAGAAGGCGAUAGCUACCAUGUUGUGGCACUCACUUCCACAACACUGGGCACUCUCAAACUCAAUUCCCCUGCUUCAACUCAAAAUUUUACUGGGAAUUGUGAUCACGAUUUCAAUAUUUCCAAUGGGAAGGUUAGUAACACAAAAAGUUUAAGGUUUGAUAACGAAAGGUUUGUCCAAAGGCUGGAGGAGAAAGAGAAGAGUUCAGUAUCUGAGAAAGAGAGAAAAGAUGAGUUCUCAAUAGGGCUAAUUGAGGCUAAGACUUGGUCCAGCAUGAUUGAGCAAAAGUUGCCAACAGUUUUUCCAAAGACCCCAAUUAGAACACCGCCCGGUGAGCCUGAGACAAUCAACACAUGGGAACUCAUGGAAGACCUUGAAGACACCACCAAUUUCCGGUCGCCGAGUCACUACCGGAGCUUCUCUUUUGAUGCCAAUGGUGACAAUGUUGAUGAGGGAGAUGUGGAUGUUGAUCCACCCAAAAUGAGUGUCGUUGCUUCUCCAAAACCCAUUUGGCUUCUGAUGACUGAGGAGGAAUCAAGACUGAACUCUGCAAUCUCAGAUUUUGAUCCUGAAUUGAUUUCCUCAUUCAGGAAGUCCUUCCAACAUCUCUCUCCGGAUAGCCCCUUCCAUCUUCGACCGGCGUCGAGUGAUGAAGAGAUGCAAGGGACUAAAAGGGGGUCCUCAUUUACGGAUGAUGUUAAUGUCGGUGAACCAUGCGGAAAGUACAAGGUGGUGUUGUACUUCACCAGCUUACGUGGCGUGCGAAAGACUUACGAGGAUUGCUGUCAAGUGAGAAUGAUUCUCAAGGGAUUGGGAGUGAAGGUGGAUGAGAGAGAUGUAUCCAUGCACUCAAGGUUCAAGGAAGAGCUUAGAGAGCUAUUGGGGGAUGGGUAUGGUGGUUUAGUAUUGCCAAGGGUGUUUCUAGGGGACAACUACAUUGGUGGAACAGAGGAAAUUCAGAGGUUGCAUGAAGACGGGAGACUCGAGAAGCUUUUGGGUUGUUGUGAGAAGAUUGAGGACAGUGUCGGAGGUGAUGGAGGGGGAGUGUGUGAGGGUUGUGGGGAUAUAAGGUUUGUUCCCUGUGAAACCUGUUCUGGAAGUUGUAAAAUUUACUAUGAAGGAGAUGAAGACGAAGAAGAAUAUGUUCAUGGUGAGUUGGGAGAGUGUGGAUUCCAGCGUUGCCCUGAUUGCAAUGAAAAUGGACUAAUUCGUUGCCCCAUGUGUUGCUGUUAGUUUCCCAAUUCCGGGAGAUACUUCCAAGAGGUACUGAAACAAAAUUUUGAGUCUUAUUCCUAAGGGCAUU